AUGGAAAAUGGUACCAAUUUGAUUCGAAUGAAUAGAGAUUUAAGAUUUAAUGGAUUGUAGUAGACAGUUGAAGGAAAUAUUAAAGUAAAAGAUGUAAAAUUCUAAUUGGCCCAAAAAGCUGAUACAUUUCCUUAAUUAUUAGUGGCAUUUACAAAAUUUGGCAUUUUAGAGGAUGAAACUGAAUUAUUUAAAAUAUAUGAUAACAUAUAUGUAUAUUCAAUAGGGUAUUUAAUUGAAAAGUAAAAUUAAAAUAUUCAAUAUCAUAAAUAGAUUAAAAAAUGAAGUCUAUAAUAAGAAAUCUAAUCCCAAUAAUAAUUCCAUUUAAUUGAGCACAAUAAUUAGGUCUUUUAAAGAUAGAAAGUCAUUUGAUGAAAUAGAUAACUAGUUUGACUAAAGAUAAUACAAUAGCGUGGUUAUUUUUAAAAAAAAUAUAAAAAUGGAAUCGAUUAUGUUCAAGAAUAAAUAAAAAAAAAAUUGCAAGAAGAUUCAAAUUUGA